AUGCCUUCUCAUUUUGACACUCUUCAAUUGCACGCCGGCCAGGAGGUCGAGGCUCACGGAGCUAGAGCUCCCCCAAUUUUCGCAACCACCUCGUAUGUGUUCAACGACUCCAAGCAUGGAGCUCAAUUGUUCGGAUUGGAGACUCCAGGCUACAUCUACUCUCGUAUCAUGAACCCUACCAACGACGUGUUUGAGAAGAGAAUUGCUGCUUUGGAAGGUGGUGUUGCAGCUUUGGCAGUUUCCUCUGGUCAGGCUGCGCAGUUCUUGGCUGUGGCUGGUUUGGCCCACGCUGGUGACAACAUCAUCUCCACCUCGUUCUUGUACGGUGGUACCUACAACCAGUUCAAGGUUGCCUUCAAGAGAUUGGGCAUUGAGACCAAGUUCGUUAACGGAGAUGCUCCAGAUGACUUUGCCAAGCUCAUUGAUGCUAAGACCAAGGCCAUCUACAUCGAGUCCGUUGGAAACCCUAAAUACAAUGUUCCAGACUUCGAGAAGAUCGUCAAGAUUGCUCACGACAAUGGAAUUCCUGUCGUUGUAGACAACACCUUCGGUGCUGGAGGAUUCUUGGUCAACCCAAUCAAGUUUGGUGCUGACAUCGUCGUUCACUCCGCUACUAAGUGGAUUGGUGGUCACGGUACUACCAUCGCUGGUGUCAUUGUGGACUCUGGAAAGUUCCCAUGGACCCAGUACCCGGAGAAGUACCCACAGUUCUCUGAGCCUUCUGAGGGUUACCACGGCUUGGUGUUGAACGAGGCAUUGGGCAACCAGGCUUACAUUGGCCAUCUUAGAAUUGAGUUGUUGAGAGACUUGGGUCCAGCUUUGAACCCAUUCGGCGCCUUCCUUUUGCUUCAGGGUUUGGAGACCUUGUCUUUGCGUGUGGAGAGACAAUCCUACAACGCUUUGACUCUUGCACAGUACUUGGAGAAGUCUCCAUACGUUAAGUGGGUUUCUUAUGUUGGUUUGCCAUCCCACCAGAGCCAUGAAUUGGCCAAGAAGUACUUCAACAGCACCAAGAACUUUGGUGGUGUGUUAUCCUUCGGUGUAAAGGACUUGGACACUAAAGUGGAUGAUCCAUUCCAAGAGGCCGCUGCCCAGGUUGUUGACAACUUGGAGAUUGCUUCCAACUUGGCCAAUGUCGGAGACUCCAAGACCUUGGUCAUUGCUCCAUACUUCACCACUCACCAGCAGUUGAACGAUGAGGAGAAGCUCGCCUCUGGUGUUACCAAGGAUUUGAUUAGACUUUCUAUUGGUACCGAGUUCAUUGACGACAUUAUUGCCGACUUUGAGGCUUCCUUCAAGAAGGUUUACGGUGCUUAG